AUGAUCGUAUCUGUCUCACCCGGUAGAGCCUGCAGUCCGGCCUGUAGUAGCCUACAAUCUGUCGCCAGAGAGACACUAGGUCUUUCGUCAGCUGCAACCAGUCCAAGAUGGCUCCGACAACUUCCGCAAUACCGUUCCGCCUUCGCGCCGCCCCGAACACGAUAUGCACCCUCCGGACCAAAUUCGCCGUCGUCCUCCAGAACUUUCCAUUCGAGUACGAAACUUAACCAGUCUAUUCCCCGGAUCUCAUAUCGGGUAGCGGCUUCAUCAUCCGGCAAAGGCCGCCGAUUCCUCCCCGCCAAAAAUGCGUAUGACUUCGAUCCUCGUCUCCAUGAUGUGUUGGGCGUCGCUGUGGACACCGAGAGUCGUGCAUUGAGGCGAAAACGGAGGCCAGAUAGCGGGGAGGACGCCUUCUUUGUGAGCAAGGUCGGCCGGGCGAGCUCCAGUUCCAUCGCCUUUGCAGUCGCGGAUGGGGUUGGGGGUUGGGCGGAGUCGCGGGUUGACCCAGCAGACUUCUCGCACGGCCUAUGCGGCUACAUGGCCCAAACGGCUUUGGAUUGGGACCAGCCAGCAGAACGACUACGGCCAAAGAAUUUAUUACAAGCUGGUUAUGAUCAGGUCGUGGCGGAUGACACCAUUCGCGCAGGGGGGAGUACCGCAUCCGUCGGGAUAGGGCUAGAAGACGGGCGAAUCGAGCUCGCAAAUCUAGGCGAUUCAGGCUCUGUUCUGCUCCGGCAAGCUGCCGUACAUCACUAUUCGAUUGCACAAACUCACGGUUUCAAUACACCCUUCCAGCUCAGCAUCAUCCCUCCCCGCAUGCGCGCCCAAGCCUCCAUCUUCGGGGGUGCAUUCUUAGAAGACUUUCCCCGCGAUGCGGUCGCCACCCACCUCCACAUGCAGCAUGGCGAUGUGCUCAUGCUCGCGACAGAUGGCGUAUUUGACAACCUCAAUAAUCAGGAUAUUCUGAAACUCAUCACAAGUCGAAUGGUUCUCACGGGUGCCUGGACGGCCACACCAAAUGUCGGGAUCACACCCUCCGAUGCCCUCGACCGACUUACCGGUCCGGAAGGAUUAUCGUCGCUAAUCCCCUCUUCCUCUGAUACACCUCAAUCCGCGGCGUCAACUGCUCCAGUCCACGCACACACCCUCCAAUCCGUCCUCGCAGCUACGAUCGCCGGAGAAGCCAAACUCGCCAGCAUGGAUCUACGCCGCGACAGCCCCUUCGCCAAAGAAGCUCAACGGUACUACCCGGGCGACCACUACCGCGGCGGAAAAGUCGAUGACAUAACUGUUCUAAUCAUCGUAGCCGUUGAGCAAGGAUCAUAA